CAGUGUGUGUGUGGUUGAGUGUGUGAGUGUUUGAGGGAUUUAAAUGAGUGAGUGUGUGUGAUGAGGGCCUUCUUCCUCUUCUGGUCCCCACUCUGAAAGAGAACUUAGAGCUGUGAUGAUGUCUGGUGAAAUCAUCUACUCCGAUGUUACAUUCACUCGGCAUCAGAACCAAGAUACUGGAGCAGAAAGGGAAGUUUCUAAUGGAGUAGCCGAACGUGAAGAGGAUGUCACAUACUCUGAGGUUAAAAGACCGGGAGGUAGAGCUAGUGAGCAGGAGGAUCCUGGGAAAGGAAGGGACCCUGGCAAUAGUGACCCCACUCCCCCAGUGGGGUCAAAGGCUACAAUCCCUGAGGGAGGGUAUGGGAGAGUUCCCGUGGUGACCCUGAUGUGUCUCUGUGUUCUACUGCUGGGCCUGGCGAUCACUCUGGGAGUCCUCUAUGCUUCCAACAUGACUAGUCUUCAAGCUGAAGGGGCUCACUUUGCCCAGAUGAAAGAGAAUCUAACAGGGAAACUGCAUGAACUGCAAGACAGCUAUAAGAGACUACAGAAUAAGACCCACAACGUAACAGUCCAGAGAGACCUGUUAUCCUCAGAGCUACAAGACUGUAAUGCCAACCUUACUAUGGUCAAAGAUCUCCUGGCAACCAUCCAAGGGAAUCAUAAGAUAUGUAAUACCAAUCAGCUGUGUUCUCCUGGCUGGGAGUUCUACAAUGGAUCAUGUUACUACUUCUCUAAAGAAAAAAUGACCUGGGAACAGAGUCAGUACGCCUGCAUCCAUGAUGGAGGACACCUGGUCAUCAUAGAGAGUCAGCAGGAGCAGGAGUUUAUAAAACAGAGAGUGGUAGCACUGGGAAUUGAUCCUUAUGAUCACAGCCCCUGGAUUGGACUGACAGAUGAGAAGCAAGAGGGAUUGUGGGUCUGGAUGGACAAUACACCUCUUAAUGAGAACAUCAAGUACUGGGACUUUGGCGAACCAAAUAACCAUGGGCCUAAAGGUGAAAGUGAAAACUGUGUCCGAAUAGGUCAAAAAUGUCACCACCAAAUAAAUUGUUGGUUUGACUUUCCAUGUGCCGAACCAUCUAAGAGAAUCUGUGAGAGUCGUGCAGUCUGUGAAAGUCGGGCAGGCACUCCAUAGUGAAGCCAAAUGUAGUGUAUUGAAUGAGUAACCAGCACAAGGCACCGUAUUGUUGGGAAGUAUUUAGGGCCCAUUUUCUAGACACAGACCAAACCUACACUCUUAGAAAAAAAAUUUCAAAAGGGUUUUUCGGGUGUCCCCAUAGGAGAACGAUUUUUGACUACAAGUAGAAGCCUUUUUGACUCCAGGUAGAACACUAUUGGGUUCCAUGUAGAUGAAGAUCUCUCUGUUGAAAGGGUUCUACCUGGAACCAAAAGCACUACUUCAAAUGGUUCUCCUAUGGGGACAGACAAUAUAUAGCCACUAUUUUUCUAAGAAUGUAUUGCUGGACUAAGUAUUACCUUCAUUUGAGCUUGUGUCCACACAACAAAUACUUCUGCUUUGAGCUAUAAUUGAAUGUCAUACCUGUGUAGUUCCUCCACAUAGCCAGCUGGAUCUGACAGAUCCUACUGAUAUGGAUUUAACUUUUUUAUUUAUAUUGGUAAAUAUGCUUUCCAUUGUAACAUUUGAUAUUUUAGUCAAUUAACAGACGGUCUUGUCCACAGUGAUAUACAGAUCAAUGCAGUAGUAUUAGAAAGCCUGCAUGGUUUAGCCUGCAUGGGUUAGCCUGUAAGGUUUAGACUUGUCAUCUCAACCUUCUAUUCAGGAAAAUGUAUCUAGGUUGUAUUUCUAACAAUAUGAUUACAUUUUUUUAUUCAGUUCAUUUACAGAUUUAUUCGUAACAAUGGGAUUCAUUAAUUCAGCUGUUUUUGCAGGUGUAUUUGUAACAUUGGACUUCAUUCAUUCAGCUGUUUUUACAGAUUUAUUUGUAACAAUGGGAUUCAUUAAUUCAGCUGUUUUUACAGAUUUAUUUGUAACAAUGGGAUUCAUUAAUUCAGCUGUUUUUGCAGGUGUAUUUGUAACAUUGGACUUCAUUCAUUCAGCUGUUUUUACAGAUUUAUUUGUAACAAUGGGAUUCAUUAAUUCAGCUGUUUUUACAUAUUUAUUUGUAACAAUGGGAUUCAUUAAUUCAGCUGUUUUUGCAGGUGUAUUUGUAACAUUGGACUUCAUUCAUUCAGCUGUUUUUACAGAUUUAUUUGUAACAAUGGGAUUCAUUAAUUCAGCUGUUUUUACAGAUUUAUUUGUAACAAUGGGAUUCAUUAAUUCAGCUGUUUUUGCAGGUGUAUUUGUAACAUUGGACUUCAUUCAUUCAGCUGUUUUUAUAUAUGUAUUUGUAUGUGGAGGUCUAAUAGAUGGAAUUAGACAUGAAGUAAUACAUAAAUAAAAAUUGAAUUGAUCUAAAUGUUCAAAA